AGCGGGAGGCGGCUUCAUUUCCUUAUUUAUUAGCGGUCAUUAGCAUAACAGCAAAAAGCCUACCCAUCAACAAUGGCAAAACGGAAGGUGGACACUGAGAAACGGGGGUUUCAAACAAGGUGGGAGUCUGAGUACAUGUUCACGGACGUCGCUGGAAAACCCGUGUGCCUUCUGUGUGGAGAAAGUGUGGCGGUGAUGAAAGAGUAUAAUCUGAGACGGCAUCAUGAAACAAAACACGCAGACAAAAACGAGAAUAUGGAAAUGGAACAAAGGCUACAGAAGGUGGAAGAAUUAAAACGAGGCCUCAAAUCUCGCCAGGGUCUGUUCAGAAAAGCCAAAUCACAAAGCGAGGCUGCAGUCAAGGCCAGUUUUAUUUUAGCAGAGGAGAUCGCUAAAUCAUCCCGGCUGGGGGACUUCAUAAAAGACUGUAUGCUUAAAGUUUGUGACGAAGUUUGCCCGGACAAAAGACAGCUCUUUUUGAACGUCAGCCUGAGCAGAAAUACCAUUGCUGAGUGAAUAGACCUGUUGUCUAUAAAUCUAAAAGAGCAGCUUGUUAAAAAGGGAAAAGAUUUCAUCGCAUACUCCCUGGCUGUGGAUGAGAGCACCGACAUUUCUGACAUUGCCCAGUUGUCAAUUUUCAUCCGCGGAGUGGACUCUAGCCUAAACGUGACAGAGGAAGUGCUGGCCCUGACAGCGUUACGUUCUAUGCAUGGCACAACUACAGGACAUGAUUUGUAUGAAGAGGUCUCAAGAUGUGUGAACGAGAUGGAGCUGCCUUGGCAAAAACUCGUGGGUUUGACAACAGAUGGAGCACCUGCGAUGUGUGGACAUAGGAGUGGACUGGUGGCAAAGAUACAGGAGAAGAUGCAGCAGGAAAACGUCACAGGUGAGCUGACAGCUUAUCACUGUAUCAUUCACCAGGAGUCGUUGUGUGGUAAAGCCAUGAAAAUGGAACAAGUAAUGAGCACCAUCACGCGCACAGUUAACUUUAUCAGAGCCAAAGGUUUAAAUCACCGCCAGUUCAAGGCAUUUCUGAGCGAGUUAGAGGCGGAGCAUGGUGAUUUGCCCUAUCACACUGAGGUGCGGUGGUUAAGCCAGGGAAAGGUGCUGCACAGAUGUUUCGAGCUUCGUGAGGAGAUUUGUCUGUUCUUGGACAGCAAAGGGAAAGACACAACACAACUCAGAGACGAAGGGUUUUUGUGUGAAAUGACUUUUCUGUGUGACAUUACGAGCCAUCUGAAUGCAAUGAACCUGCAGCUGCAGGGUCGGGGUCGUGUCAUCUCUGAUAUGUACAGUACUGUCAAGGCGUUUCAAACCAAACUGACUCUAUGGGAGGCACAAAUGCGGAAAGAAAACUUGAGCCACUUUCCUAGCUGUCAGACCAUGAAAGAUCAGCUCUCUACCAGUGUGUUUCCGAGCGCAGAGUUUGCUGAUAAAAUUAGUGUACUCGCCGCUGAAUUCCGACGCCGAUUUGCGGACUUUGAAGCACAAAAAAGCAGGUUUGCACUGCUCAGUAAUCCAUUUGCAGUUGACGUAGAAAGCUCACCGCCAACCCUCCAAAUGGAGUUGAUCGAACUACAAUGCAAUGAUGCGCUGAAGGCAAAAUACGCAGCAGUGGGCGCUGCUGAGUUUGCGCGCUUCCUCCCCGACACGAUGCCCCAGCUGCGCACCCAGGCUGCUCAAACCUUGUCUAUGUUUGGCAGCACAUACCUGUGUGAACAACUUUUUUCAUUAAUGAAGCUGAACAAAACCUCACACAGAAGUCGACUUACUGCUGAACACCUUCACUCAGUUCUGAGGAUUUCCUCAGCUCAUAGCCCGACCCCGAACAUUGAUGAGCUUGUACAAAAGAUGAGACACCACCAAGUAUCAUCAGCCUCAAAAAAGUGAACAUUACUGUGCAAUAACAUAUUUAGAGUUUUACUCUGUUCAAAUUUAAAAGUUAAAUAAUAUUUGUUUUCACUGCACAUAUGACUUUUCCUUGAAGAAACUCUUUCUGGUUCAUAGAUUUUUGUACUUUAUUUUAUUGUAUUUCAAUGCAAUAUAUAUAUUUUUUUAUCAGUGGAGUGAAUGGCAGAAAAUUGCUGAUAUUAUUUAUUUCUUUGAAGUUGCUUAAAUUCAGCCCACUUUUGCUAAAUGAGAAAAUAUAGCUGAUGGUGCCUUGAAUAAUAUCACUUUGUUCAUUUAAUGUUCAUGUUAUGAGGUGUUUUUGUAUUGACAUAUUUGUCUUUUGUGCCAGCCUGUUGAAAAUUAAAAAUUACUGACAGAGUUAUAAGAAAAUAUUGCUUUAUUUAUCUAAUCGUAAUAUAUUUGUUAGAUUUUCAGUAGGUCAAAUAUUGAUUUCAAUGAACAUUCGGACAGUCCAGCCCUCGACUUGUAGCAAAAUGUUUUAUUUGGCCCUCCGUCCAUUUGACUUUGACACCCCU